UUGAUUCCUUUUCUCAGUGGGGCCUGUGGGUUGCUCUGUCUAUCCCAUCUCAUCUUCCCUAUGAAGCCCCUUUAUGACUUUCUGGCCUCCCUCUGCCUCAGAGAGGAAGGAUGGAACUUCUCCUCGGGCUCUGUGCCUUCUUCCAGCUAUUUCUGUCCUCCUCCUGCUUCUGUGGCCUUAGACAUCAGAGGCCCAACUUGGACCAAGCCUACACCACGCCCUCAGGACAGAGUGAAGAAGCCCUGGAAGCUCCAUGGUUAGUGAACAUAUAUGGCAAUGGGAAGAGGUGCCAAGGAGUUGUCCUGAGCAGCUGGUGGAUCCUUACAGCAGCCAACUGCUUCCUGGUGAUGAUGCCAAGCCAUGUAGAGUUGACUGGGUCUAGUGGCCGGAUCUCCACUGAGACGGUGAGCCAGUUCGUCCCACACAAAGGCUUCAGUUCCUGGGAUAAAACACCUAACAAUGAUUUGGGGCUCAUUUUGCUUGGCCAGCCACUUAAUUUAGGAAGGAAAGAUAUGUGGCCAGCUUGUGUCCCCGACACUGAAACAUCUGUCAACACACAAGAAAACUGUAUGAUUUUUGAACGAGGUGCACAAGGAACUACACAGGAAACCAGAGUGGAUGAUUUGGUGACAUCAGAAUGUGCAGUUCAUUGGCCUGACACAACAGAAAAAUGGAACUUGUGUGUUGCAAGAAGGAUGUCAAGUGGCACAGAUUGCACGGUGCCUAUUGGCAGUCCUGUGAUCUGUUAUAACCCAAGGAAUGAGAACUGGGAGGUAAUGGCCAUCGUGACACGGAGCUUGCACAACUGUACAGCUCCUAUCCUGGCAUCCCAGCUUUUAUCUCACCUACAGUGGUUGAAGAAACAAGGAGCACUAGAGACUUCUUUUGAUCAGGAGCUUGAACAUACAGCCACACCUGAAGCAGAACCAACUCUGGCAACUAACAUAGCCACUUCCCAAGAAGAACCAACUCUGGCAACUAACAUAGACACCUCUCAAGCAAAACCAACUCGGCAAGCGUAUUUAGUUAGGCACAUAACUGCAAGACCCACCACACUUGUACAUUCCUCAAAAGAACCAAAGCCUUCCACAACAGCCCAUAAUAUAAUUCUUUUAGCCUCUCCCACACUCCAUGCAUUAUCACAUGUAUCACCCACAAUAAAACAAUUUGUCCCCCAAACUACAAAUCCAACUACAACGACAAGUCCGACUACAACAAGUCCGACUACAACGACAACAUCUACAGUUCCCUCCACAACCAAACAGACAUCUACAGUAUCCACAACACAACAAUCAUCAUCAGUCAUCUCUUCCACAACUGUUAUAACAUCCACAACAACACAGCAGACAUCCACAAAACAACCAUCUUCUACAACCACAGAAACAACUGUAACAACCACAAGCCGGCCAUCCACCUCCCCAACUUUUAGACCACCACAUGUAAUAAUAAUACCUGCGACCACUCCAAGGAAAGCAUCCCCCGUGCCUGCCACUGAUGUUAACCAAGGGGCACCUGUGCGUUUUGUUGUUGCGGGUCCCCAGUUCCCCAAGAACAAAGGAGAAGAAAGCCCAUCCCCUGGUCCUUCGCUAGCAUUAGCUGCCCCACCCAGACUACAGAUCCCCAUCAUUCCCAAUUUGGGACUCCCUGUGCAAGUGAAACUGAGACAGUGUGAAAUGGGAUUGGCAUGGAACAGCAACUCCCAUGCCUACCAACUCAGCAAGAUGGCAGUUCUGAUAGACCGCAAAGUUGGAUGUGGGCUGAGGCCUGGAUUUGUGCCAAAAUGCCCCAGCUGCUCUCAGGCUGAAAUGGGUGAGUUUCCCUGGAUUGUUUCUCUCAGGCUGUCCAUCCAACACUUUUGUGCUGGCUCCAUUCUCAACCCCUGGUGGAUUUUAACAACAGCCAACUGUGUCAACCUUAUAAAGAAUUCGGAAACUUGGGCACGGUGCAGGCGGGAGUGGUAG